AUGAGUUCAUUAGGUAUCGAAAAGCUGAAUCAAGGUCUUUCCCGGAUUGUCAGUAUCCGGCGUCGCCCUGAAAUUCGCCGGCAGUACGUCGAGCGCCUCACGAAAGGUCGGGUGUUCCGCAUCGGCACCCUCCACAACCGGGAGCUGAGCGAGGAGGUGCUGCGGCGUAACCGGCGAGGCUUCACCAACGCGCAGCUCAACACCGUCGCCUUCGCGCCCUCGCUUUAUCACUGGCUUUUUCACCGCUGCGGGAUCCCUUUCGCGGAAUCGCAGCGCCUCGUCGAGCAGGGGCGGCUUCGCGUCGACGACGUCCUCGUCACGCGGACGCGGGAGCUGGAAAGCCAGCUCGAGUGGUCGACCUUCCAGCGGCUGGAUAUUCAGCUCCGCCCUUUUCACGGGUCAGGCGAGGUGGCGUGGGUUCCCGCCCUCAAACGAGCCCUCCACCGCAGCUAUCAGUUUUUGUAUCUCGACCGCGGCGUCUCCCUCUCCUCAGAGGAGGCAAAUCCGCGGAGUUUCAUCCAUCGCGUCGUCACCGCGAGCGCGGUGGGGGGUUCGUCUUCGAGCGGAAGUAAUCGAAGUGGGCGGGCGGAAACCGCCGGGAUCAGCCCGGAGGCGGCCCUGGGGUUGAACGUGCUGCGUCCGAUCGGUUUUAUCGAUGGCCUCAAAGGCCUCGGCAUCAUCACGAACGAUGUUUCGAUGAUUCGGAACUGGAAUAAUGAGUUUUUGGGGAAUUACGGUGUCUACGAUCUUCGUUUCCCGCGCGGGGCACCAGUAGAGGUGAUACGGAACGCCGCCGAGGAUAUCACGCGGACUUUAAAAGAGGGCAUCCAGGCGCAGCUCGCCUCGCUCGCGGGUGCUCCGUCGAUUCCGUGCGUGUGCGCCGUGAAGCCGUCGCCGCCGCGGGCGCAGGAUUUGGUUUCGGAGCUCCACCGUGAUAUCGCGCUGCUGCCGGAGCGGAUUCUCGUGAGCACCCCUCUCAUGCCGUAUCGACUGGUCAAGCGUCUUCAACGCGCGCAGUGCUUAAUCGCGUUGGUUCGCUCCGGGCCUUUUGUGCUAACGCAGCCAUUGGUGCAAUCCCGAUCCCCGCGUCCUCUCUCACCGGCCGAGCUCGGGAUUUUAUUCACCUUUGAGAGGCGCUUAAAAGUAAACCGAAUGGUUUUAAGUCUGAGGCAGUUUGGGGAAGAGGAUUAA